AGCGCCGCCCCCUGCCCAUACCCCGCCCACCCGGCGGCCGCCUCAGGCGCGCCACCGCGCAUGCGCGCACCCCCUUCAGGGCCCCUCCCCGGCUUCCGUAGCGAGCGGCUUGGCGCGUGCCGCUGUCAGAGGAGCAGCGCGAUGGACAUCCUGAGGCCCGCCCUGAUAAGGAUCGGCGGGCGAGUCUACAGGAAGAAUCUCGUUCACGAGCAAGUCCACCAGCAGGAGGAGGAGGACGAAGACUUCUACGCAGGGCCCGGCGACUGUGCAGAUGAACCGUGCGAUGCCUUUGUGGUGGAAGAGACUGAGAAAGGUUUCCAGUGCAGAGUGGAGGUCCCCAGCCCGUUAUACAAGUACGUAAUCGGGAAGAAAGGAGAAACCAAGAAGAGACUAGAAACAGAGACUCGAACCUCAAUCAGCAUUCCCAAGCCGGGCGUCGAAGGGGAAAUCGUGAUUACGGGGCAGCAGCGCAGCGGCGUCAUCUCAGCCCGGACGCGCAUCGACGUUCUUCUGGACAGCUUCCGCAAGAAGCAGCCCUUCACGCACUUCCUCUCCUUCGCUCUCAACCAGCCCGCGGUCCAGGAGAAGUUCCUGCAGUUCAAGGAGGAAGUGCUGGAGAAAUGCGCAAAGGAUCACGGGGUGAGCAGCAGCCUGUUCCAGAACCCUGCCAAGCUUCACCUGACUCUGGGGACGCUGGUGCUGCUGAACGAACAGGAGAUCCGGAAGGCCUGUGACCUGCUGCAGCGCUGCAAGGAGGACUUUGUGGACAAGAUCACCGGAGGCAGACCCCUGGCAGUGGAGGUGGCCGGGGUGGAGUACAUGAACGAUGACCCUGCCAUGACAGAUGUCCUCUACGCAAAGGUCCACAUGAAGGACGGCUCGGACAGGUUGCAGGUGAUCGCUGAUCAACUGGUGGAGCGGUUUGUGGCCUCCGGCCUGAUGCUUAAAGAGUGGGAUAGGGUGAAACUGCACGCCACGGUCAUGAACACGCUCUUCAGGAAAGAUCCAGGUGCUGAAGAGCGCAACUACACCACGGCUGGUAAAUCAUCCUUCAAGGAACGGGAGUCGUUUAAUGGCCGAAAUAUCCUCAAGUUUGCAGAAUGCCUUUCACCAUAGCAACUAGGGUCUGAUUUCCUCAAGCGCAUGAAUUUUCAUGGAUUUUGCAGCGAGGAGGGGAAAGGACCCAAAGCCCUGAGCUGAAGCAAAGGUUCUGCGGCACGCCAGGAGCAUCGCUACGCUGUGCCCCGAGGAGGAGACCCUGGAGGGGGAAAGAUGAACAAAAGGCCUGCACCUGGCCCCAGACAGCUUUACCUGGAGGAAGGCAGGCCUGGAAGGUGAAUCGCCAAUGACCUCUGUGGGUCCUUUCUGAGCUGGUCACCGUGUGAUUGCUGCGUAAAGGAUAUGCAGAACACCCACGGGGUGGCAUUUGCUUAUGUACCCGAGGCUUUGUGGCAUUUAGGUGGCAUUUACUCUGUCUGGGGAAAAUCAAAGCGCAGAAGAGAAACCUCCCAUCACGCACGCCUAGGAUCGUUCUCCCUGAACUGUGGACGUGCUUCUCGCUCUGAAAUUAGCUGUGCUUUUUCAGAGAGAAUUUGUUUUAAGCUGUGACUGCUGUCCAGGGGACGGCACGGGUGAUUUAAUCGGGAGGGCAGCUCCCGUGUCACAGAGGAGAUGCUGCUGACUUGCAUCCCAUCCUGGGCUCGUGCUAACCCAAGGUGCUCGCUUGUCUGCAAUCCCAGGUCUCGGUGGUUCGUUGCAGAGCAUGAGAAUGUAAAUGACUCAAGGCCACAAGCUGAAUGCAAAUGAUAAAGGAGUUAGCGCUGUGGCUGUAGCGCCGAUCAGCUGCGCUCCCAAAAGAUGGGCUGUGGGGGUUUUUAUGACCAGCACGUCUCCCUCCUGAAGGCUGGAUGCUUUAUUCUCUGUAAGGGAAAAGAGGUAAAAGUGCCUCUGCUGCCACCUCUUAAAACCUGCAACAGAUUGAAAGCCAAAGCCAGGUGAAGGAUUAGGUUCUGUGCCGGGGAUGGAGAGACCCUCCAGAGCCAGCUGCACUCCCGCAGAACAAAACCAGCGAUCUGCUCGCUCCCCGUGGCAGUGCUCUGCCCGUCCCAGCCCUCCUGCCCACCCUCUCCUCGCGGCUCUGCGCCAUGUCUUCGCCCCGUAACACCCGUCCACUAGCUGAGGAAUCAGGGUGCUUGGCCAGCGGUCCUUUAAAAAGCUGUGGCAAGGAAGCGCUCCCUGAUUUUGCCAGGAUUAGUGCCUGCCCACCUGCCUUUUCCACCCGCCGCCUUGUGCAUUACUGCUGGCGAGCUUCCACGCGUAAUUAUACCUCUGGCAGCUAAUCGUUGGCAUAGCGGUGUCCGGAGUGAAUAAUACAGGAAUCAGAUAUUUCUCUUUUGGCACCAAACUGCUUCAGAAAAGAUAUUUUGAAAGUGAAAAUAGAACGGGAAAGAAUCCAUUAAUUGAACAAACUUCCCAGCUCUCGACGCGUUGCCCAGUUGGGUUUCAUCUCCCGGGGGCCAGCAGGGGGUUUGGUUUGGGGCUGUCUGUUGUAGUCUGGGGUAGCUUUGGUUUGGGUUGCAGACGGAAAGGGUUUUGAUGCAUUUCUCAGGAUGGGGGAGAAGGAGCAGCAGCCUCCUGGAGACCACUGGGGCGGUCAGCAGAGAGGCUUUUAGCAUAAAUCCAUGCAGCCAGACCAGCCGUGCCGACCCUGGGGGUUGUCUCUUUGCUUUGCUUUGCUUUUAAACCCCUCUGUGUCUUCUCCCACCAGGAGCUUCCCCUCUCCCGGUCCCGUUUGCUGGUUCCAGCUCCGUAACACAGCAGCGUGCAGAAGGCUUGGCACCUUCCCCGCCGUCGCUGGCGUGGGCACUGCAGUUGUGCUGUAGCCCAGCGCGUUUGGGAGGGUGAUUGUUCUCUGCUCAUCUGCAGCGCUCCUCGUCCUGCGGUACACAACCCUCUAUUUAUUCCAGUGUGCCAUCCCUCGUGAGAUGGAGAAGUCUCGCACGGCCAUGGGGCUGCUUGGCCUCUCUAAGCGGUCCGGCUGCCCAUAUUCCCCCACGGCGGCUUGCAUCCGUGUCUGGCAGGGCUCAGGAUGGCUCGUUUUUGGCUGACUACCCUGGACAACGUAAGGCUUUAAAACUGAUCAAUAAUCCUGACGGUAGCAGCAGAAUCCAGGCCAGGCAGCGCACAGUUCUGAUCUCCUGCUCUGACUUCGAUAAGGAUGUUGUGGUUUGUGUGUACCUUUACCUCCCUCGGCUUCGUUUUCAUUUGCGGUAUUAAAAAAUCCCCAGCCCCCGCCCUCUUAUUUAUUCCUCAGGCAGCGAGGACGUAAAUCCCUCCGUGUCUGUGGAUUUACAGAAUCACAGUGCCGUUGCUGAGCCUCGCGUCCCGCUCCAGCCAAGUGACGCAGCUCCUCGGCAGCCCAAAGUGGUGGGGAUUUUCCUCCCCGCUGCCUUCCUCCGGGCUGCUCCCUCUGGAUCCGUGCCUCCUCCUCCUCCUCCUCCUCCUCUGCAGCCUUUUUGGGGGAGGCGAGCCCUGGCACCAUGAGACAGGGACCAGGUGCCUUGGGUUCACCAGCAUGUGUGAAUUGUGACAACCUCCAUUUAUCUCCUUUUCCAGGGGGAAAGGGGAAAAAAAAUGCAGAAAUGCUCAUCCAGGAGGCAUCUCAUCGGCCUCCUCCGAAACCAGAGCGUUUCCGUGGUGGGAGAUAUAAAUAUCUUUCUCGGCUCUGCUUGGCUUCUUCCCAGGAUAAAUAGAAGUGGAAGUCAAAAGCAGAGGCUCAGCCCUCGGAAAUCUCUUCCCAAGCCCCCGGGGGAUGAAUGUGGAAUGGCUGCUUGUCAGGAAGGCGCUGGAGGCUCUGAGGAUGACGCUCGAGGGCCUCUUUCCCAAUUGCCCAAGGUGGAUCUUGGGCUGAUCCUCACACACGGUGUCCGGUUGCCUAAGGGAGCAGAGAAGCAUGAGCGAGAAGCUGGCUCAAAACGAGAGCAGAGGGAAAAAAAAAAAAAAGGCUGUGGCUGUCCUUUAAAUCUUGGAGCAUGUUUACUCUCAGAAAGUACAGCUACAUUACCAAAAAUCAAUAGUCCUAGCAGUGUUCUCACCGGGAAACACACACACGCUUGGACACAUGAGAGGUGGUGGAUUUAAAAAAAAAGAAGAAGCCAAGGGACUGCAAAGUGCUCCGAGGGCUCUGCUUUGCUCUCAGCAGCGUGCAAAUGGAGAGGCCGUGACCCGGGUGGUGCCGUUGGGGACUCGGUGCUGGCCUUUCCCAGCCGACGUGCCGGAGGCGAGGGGAGCAGGGGGAAGGUUUGUCUCCCUGGCCGACCGUGGGGAAGUCGUCUUUCUUUCUCAGCCCUGCACAAAGGAGAAGAGAGGGGAGACCAGCCUCCUCCCUACCAUCUCUUAUUAAUGAGGCAUUUUAUCCCAAGUCCUCUAACAAGAAGCACGCAGGCUUUUGGGAACGUAAUUAAUCUAUAAUUGUAUAAAUCUUUAAUCGUAUCAAAUGGAGUUUGCAUGGUGGCAGUCGUGGCUCCUCUUUUCCUCCGCUCCCUGGUGGAGAUGCUCCCCUGGAAUAACUUCUUUCCAGCAGCCACCCCUCUUGGGCCAUGGCCGAACCCUCCGGCACCGAGAAACCCGCGUCCUCCAGGUGCUUGUGCUCUGGGUUUGUGAUCAGUAGGUAGGAAUUGAUGCACCGCUGGCACCAGGGGCCGUAAUUUAAUUACUGUGUUGGCUUUUGCUAGCCAUUAGUGUUUGUAGCCCUCGCCUUAAACGAUUUGGAAAUUAUCCUCUCCGCUCCUAGGGUGACAAAAGCUAUUCCUGAGGCAGGACGGAUGCUCCCAGCUAGAGCCAUUUCCUGAGUCUUACUGGAAGAGGAAGAGCACUUCACGCCGAUGCCUUUCCAGUAAUGCUGCUGAACUUCCCUGUGAGAAACUCAGAUGCCAUUUUUCUGGUUGGCCCCGUAGAUGGGAUUAUCAGCAGAGGCACGCCAUCGGGCCUGAGCACCGGCUCGCUUUCCUUAAUUUGCGCUCAAGCCCCUGCCGAACAAAGGCGGAUUUGUUGAGCAGAGGGGGGUCAGUGCUGGCAUGGAGAGAUCCUUCCCCCUCCAGCCUGCUACUUUGAAUUAGGGCUGAGCCGUCACCCUAAGCCGCUCGUCUCGUGGCCUGGAUCGGGGGAAAAACCAUCCCGGCCUCACUCUGUGACCGUGGCGUGCCCCAGGUUGGCGGCCUUUGGGACGGUGAACAGGCGAACCGGGCUCACCGCGGGGAAGGGCUGAGCAGCUGCUGCUCAAAAAGAGGAGUUCGUUUCGUACGUUGAUCGCGUUAAAGGCUAAAUGCAGUCCCUAGGGGUGGAAAUCUUUAAGAGCAGUUUUGUUAAAG